CACUUCGUAAAUCAGUGAGGCUUAUAAUAGACGUCAUUUAAGAAUAUCCUGCACCUCAAUUUAUCUAGAUAAUUAUUUAUUCUGGAAGUUAUCACAGCCUUUAAAAAUUGAUUGUACCUAGCCUUAGUUCAUAGCUGUUAACUCGACGUUCGAAAACGUUUUCUAAACCUUGUCAUAUAUCAAAGAGGCGAUGGCUAAAGUAUUCCGGACAAUCUGGACUUUUAUCCUGCAAGUAGGGUUAUUGAAGACAACACACAUUAAAAUGAAUGAUCAGAUCGUCAACCAUAUAGAUUGUUCCAGGAAAAAUUUAACAACAAUGCCUGAUGUUCUGAUAAAUUCUACAACAAAUCUAAAUCUCCGAGGAAAUCUUUUACACGUAGUUCCUGCAUGGUCUUUCAAGAAAUCAAGAAUAUUAAAAAGCAUAGAUCUGUCUUAUAAUCGGCUGAGGUUGAUUGAACGGGGAGCUUUCGAGGGACUAGUCGAACUUUCCAUUCUCAACCUUAGAAGUAACUUAUUAACUUCAAAAUUACUUAAUGUGAAUAUUUUUCAAGGUUUAAUUUCUCUUCAGGAACUAGUAAUACAAAAUAAUUAUUUUUACGAUAAUUAUACAUUUUUUCAAUCCGAAAUAUCUCGAGUAAAAUCAUUGGUCAAGUUAAAAAUGGAUCUGAGUAGACCAUACCAAAUAGAUAAAUGUCUUUGUAAUUUAUCAAACCUACAGGACCUGGAAAUUUUAGGAUUGCCUGGACAAACAUAUGCAGGUAAUUCAAUUCAAAACCUAAAGUGUCUUAAAAUAGAAACCUUAUUGCUUGAUUCUGUGAUUUCACUAGUACCAAACACGUUCAUAUCUUUUCCAAAUCUAAAGACACUAGGGAUAUCGAUACACACCGCUCGUGCUGCGUACGACGUCAUAAGCAGCAUAUUUAAUUCUUUGAAGAUUUUCAAAGAUAGAAAUAUGACGGAAAUAAGCAUUACUGGAAAUCCUCAUAGAAACGGAUUUGUAUUGGGCCAUCCUCACUUUGCAGUACUUGAAAAAAUUUGUCUACAAAAGUUAAAAUUGGUAGGUGAUAGUAUACUUGGUCUAAAGUUUAAUCCCUUUUUAAGAUAUGGAUAUAAGGAGAAUUGUUUAGAAGAAUUAGAUUUGUCCGAUAAUUUAUUGUUCAACAGCAAAGAUAGAUAUGUAUUUGCAUUUUGUGCGUUUAAACGUUUAAAAAUAAUCAGAAUUCCACAUGAGGUUGUUAAAGACAAUAGAGUAAAACGAUCCCCUAAAGAUGACGUAUCUUACUCGUUUUGCGUUCCAAAAACAUUAGAACAAUUGGACCUCCAUUCGCACGUUAAAUCGUAUAAUAGGAGGAGAAUUUCAAAUAUAACUAUUGUCAAUGGGUCAAAUUUAAAAGUUUUAAAUAUGGCAAACGUUACAGUCCGAGAUUGUGAUGGUACGGUUUACGGCAUUGAAAAAUUAGAGUAUUUAGAUAUGUCAGGAUUCAACUGCAAAGUAUUGAGUGAACAUUUUCUGUCUCAUUUUCCGAAACUGAUUACUCUCAUUACACGUGAUGCUUAUCUGGGAAUCGGUUUGAAUUCCCUUAAAAAUUCAUCCGAAUUCUUCAAGAGGAAUUUAGAUCUCCAGCACAUUGAUCUGAUGCAAAAUAACAUAAAUUCACUACCAGAUGGCUUGUUCAAUCAUCCUUUUAGACAAAAGAUUUCUAUCAUAUUGGACAAAAACAACUUACAAUCGCUACCAAACUUUCUGUCGGUACCAAAUACUAUUCAACAAAUCAGUCUAAAAUACAAUAGAUUUUCGUGUCUAAGCGAUGCCAGUAUCGAUAAACUUAACAUAAUAAAACCCUCUAGUGUAUUUCUUAGUGGAAAUCCGAUUGAAUGCUCAUGUAAGACGUUACGUUUUCUAAAAUGGGUGCACCAUUCAGGUAUUAUAAGUGAUGUUGAUGAAAUAGAAUGCGUCCUCCAAAAUGGGACGCUUGCAAUUUUGUCUCAUUUCUUGCGAAAUCUAAAAACAUAUGAAAUCAGUUGUCAAACGAAAUUAUGGAUAACACUGGCAAGUUGCAUUACUUCUUUCACCAUUUUAGCUAUUAUCUUUGGAAUAGUUUACUAUCGCUACCGAUUUGCAUUUGAGUAUUUCUUUCUAAGAAUUAAGAUGAAACUUAGGCAUUACCAGCCUCUUUCGGAAGAGUUCAACCAUGAUGCGUUUAUUUCAUACAGUCAUAAAGACAUAUCAUGGGUUAAAACUCUCUACGACAAAUUGCAGUCAAAAGGCUUCAGCCUCUGUUUAUAUCACAAGGAUUUCCAAGGUGGAAUGCCUAUUGCCGAGUGCAUCGUGGAAGCAAUAAAUUCAAGCAGAAAGGUUGUAUUUGUUAUUACUAAGGAUUUCCUGGAGAGUAGCUGGGGAACGUAUGAAAUAGAAAUGACAAGAAUGCAUGCCUUCAGAGAGGGUCGUGAAUCAAUGGUUAUUGUUAUACUGAAGGAUGACAUAAAAAAAGACAAACUUCCCAAGGCCUUGAAAGAAAUCUGGUAUAAGGUCGUCUGUAUUGUAUGGCCAUCUGAUUCCGAGGCUCCAUAUAAUUCUGAAGAAAUGUUUUACGAAAAAUUAAGUAUAACAUUAUCCGACGGUCGUUUGAAAUUAUGUGAUGAUAACACUUCAAAGUUAUAAAUAAACAUCAAACCCGUGCAAUGUACAGAAUAAGAAAAAUAAAAAUAUUGCUAUUUGA